UAAUAAUAAUAUUGUGUAUGGAUCAAAAAGGAAGCCAUAUAGUCUAAGUUCCUUGAAAGCUUGGAAAACUUGUAGCCAGCCAAAGGGAUCUCUCUGUCUCCCCCUCUCUGCAUCAAUUGCUAUCCUAAAUUAGCAGAAACAUUUCCAAGAAGAUAGAAGGAGAUGUCUGGUAACGGUGCUGUCCUGGAUAACCAGGAAGCAAAGGUUCCUUUGUUGCAAGGUUUAGAGGAGAAAACUAAACGAGAUGAUGAUAUUGUUGUUCAAGAUCUUGCAUGCCGGGUUGGGGUUGAAUCAAAGAAGCUAUGGCAAAUAGUAGGUCCAGCAAUCUUUAGCCGUCUCACCUCUUACUCCAUGCUUGUCAUCACCCAAGCUUUUGCAGGUCAUUUGGGUGACCUUGAGCUUGCUGGUAUCUCCAUUGCCAAUAAUGUAAUUGUUGGCUUAGACUUUGGCCUCUUGUUGGGGAUGGCAAGUGCGUUAGAGACACUCUGUGGGCAAGCUUUUGGAGCAAAGAAGUACUAUAUGUUGGGAGUAUACAUGCAACGUUCAUGGAUUGUGUUGUUCAUUUGUUGUAUUUUGCUUUUGCCCCUCUACCUCUUUGCCUCUCCAGUCUUGAAGCUAUUUGGCCAACCUAAUGAUAUAGCAGAACUUUCAGGGAAAGCUGCUGUGUGGAUGAUUCCACUUCACUUCAGCUUUGCCUUUCAGUUUCCCUUGCAGAGAUUCUUGCAGAGCCAGCUUAAGAACAUGGUAAUUGCAUGGGUGUCUUUUGUAGCUCUGGUGGUUCAUAUCUUUAUCAGUUGGCUUCUUGUGUAUAAGCUUCAGCUUGGAGUUGUUGGGACAGCCAUGACUUUGAAUUUUUCUUGGUGGGUUUUGGUUUUUGGUCAUCUAGGCUACACCAUUUGUGGUGGCUGUCCUCUUACAUGGACUGGUUUCUCCACCGAAGCCUUUUCUGGCCUUUGGGAAUUCACCAAACUCUCCGCUGCUUCUGGGGUCAUGCUCUGCUUGGAGAAUUGGUAUUAUAGAAUCCUCAUCUUAAUGACCGGGAAUCUAAAAAAUGCAGAAAUUGCUGUGGAUGCUUUGUCUAUAUGCAUGACCAUAAAUGGCUGGGAGAUGAUGAUUCCUCUUGCUUUCUUUGCAGGAACCGGAGUAAGGGUUGCAAAUGAGCUUGGAGCUGGGAAUGGGAAGGGUGCCAAGUUUGCUACAAUUGUGUCAGUGACAACAUCAGUUAUCAUUGGCCUUGUCUUCUGGCUACUGAUAAUGUUCUUCCACGACAAGUUAACCUGGAUAUUUACUUCAAGCGAGCCUGUUCUUGAAGCAGUUAACAAGCUCUCAAUCCUCUUGGCGUUCACAGUCUUGCUUAACAGUGUUCAGCCAGUCCUCUCAGGGGUUGCUGUUGGUUCAGGAUGGCAAAAGUACGUGGCAUACAUAAACCUAGGUUGCUACUAUGCUAUUGGAGUUCCUCUUGGAUUCCUCAUGGGAUGGAUCUUUAACCAAGGAGUUAUGGGAAUUUGGGCUGGGAUGAUCUUCGGAGGGACAGCAGUUCAAACACUAAUACUGGCCAUCAUUACCAUUCGAUGCGACUGGGAAAAGGAGGCAGAGAAAGCAAGCCUGCAUGUAUUGAAGUGGUCAGAAGCAAUCUAAAGACGGAAAUAAUUAAUUUUAGACGAUCGAGUACAUCAUCAGCUUGUUUCAAGGGAUCUCGAUGCAUAGGUCCCGACGGCGCUCGAGAGUUCUAACUUGGCAGUCAAGACUUCAUUUCUUUGGUUAGCAUGGUGCUCUAUGUAUUUAAAUUUAAAUAAAUAACCAAAAUGAUAUAUUAUUAUGAAAUUCUUGGUAUUA